UAUGUCUUAAUUUCAAUCUUUUGUUUUGUUUUAUAGAGAUUUUACUAUUGAAUUUUCUAAUAAAUGUCAUUCAAAACUUUGUCCUCAGCAAAGAACUGGCAUCUGCUUACAUUAGUUAUUUCCCUUAUAUACUCAAGUUUUUCCAUCUAAAUUUCCUCAAAACAAAAAAUGUUGAAAUUCUUAUUCCAACCAUAUAAUCAUUCAACAAUCUUUGUAGUGACCCUUGUUCUAUUAUUACCAACCAUAGUAUUAUCCUCAACAUGCACAUGUGAAACACAACUUGAAGACCAUAAAAAAUCAGAAGCUCUUUCAUACAAACUCAUUGCCAUUGGCUCUGUCCUAUCAAGUGGUGCACUAGGAGUAUGUCUUCCAUUUUUGGUGAAGAAUUUGCCUUCUCUAAACCCGAACAACGACAUGUACUUCCUCAUCAAGGCCUUUGCAGCCGGUGUUAUUUUAUCAACCGGGUUCAUCCAUGUACUUCCCGAUGCAUAUGAGAGCUUGACAAGCCCUUGCCUUAGUGAAAAUCCAUGGAGGAAGUUCCCCUUUGCAGGGUUUGUGGCUAUGCUUUCGGCUAUUGGUACAUUGAUGAUGGAGUCCUUUGCUACUGGCUACCAUAAGAGGUCUGAGCUCAAUAAAGCUCAGCCUUUUAGUUCUGAUGAGGUAAUGAUCACUACUGAUCAUGAUCAUCAUGUUCAUGUUCAUGGCUCUAGUAAUUCGUUCGAGUUGGAAAGAUCGAUUUCAUCAGAAAUUAUUCGAAACAAGAUCAUCUCUCAAGUUUUGGAGAUAGGAAUAGUUGUUCAUUCAGUGAUAAUUGGGGUGUCACUUGGUGCUUCUCAAAGUCCAAAAAUAAUCAAGCCUCUUGUGGCAGCUCUUAGUUUUCAUCAAUUUUUUGAGGGCAUUGGUCUUGGUGGCUGCAUCUAUCAGGCAAAUUUCAAGUGCAAAACAGUAGCAAUAAUGGUGGUAUUUUUUUCACUGACCACACCAAUUGGGAUAGUAGUUGGGAUUGGAAUAUCCAAGAGUUACAAUGAGAAAAGCUCUUCAUCACUAAUUAUUGAAGGUCUUCUCUUAGCAGCAUCAGCUGGAAUACUAAUAUACAUGGCUCUUGUUGAUCUUCUUGCCUCUGAUUUUAUGAACUCUAAAAUGGUAUGCAAUUUCAAGAUCCAAAUAGGGGCAAGUUUCUCACUCCUCUUAGGGGCAUGUAUAAUGUCACUCUUGGCCAAAUGUGAUUGACAAUCUUAAUGCAUUAUUUAUUUAUUAAUUUUAUGCAUUGUAAUUUACUAACUUAUUUCAAUAUCACCCUUUUUUGUU